CACAUUGUGUUGGGGUGCCUUCAUAUUUCCCCCAAGGCCCGAACCAUAGCCCGAACAGACUCUCUGGCGAAGCGCUGGGCUUCGGUGGCGGCGACGAGUGUGUGAUCCUCACAAAGAAAGCACUGGAAUAUUGGUGUAGACCAGGACUCGUGCUACUCAGCCCGCCCGAUACAAGGGAACGGUCCCAAGAUCAUCAUCAUCAUCAUCAUGCUGCCAGGGGGCACCACGAUCCAUCCUGAUCCAUCCCAUCCAUUCAUAUCGAAGAUCCAACGUCAUCGGCAAUGAAUCUGUCAGCAUUUUCAAGCUACAACUUCGACCCUAAAAAAUGGAUCAACUCAGCAUUCCAAGGCCCGGAAGCGCAGGAUAACAAAGAAGCUUACGCAUCCCAAGUUGCUUUCAAACUCCAACUGUUCAUACAAGAAAUGAACAGUGCCCUUGAAGAAACAGCUCAGCAGGUUCAACAGAAUUUGCCUAACGUGCUUCGGGACGUCGCGAACAUGCAGCAAGAAGCUGCCUUCUUGAGACAGCAAAUGGUUGUUGUACAAAAGGACAUUGAGAAAGUGGAACAUGACUCCUUCAGGUCCAUGAAGACACUUCUGGAAAUCGACAAAAUCAAACUACGCAUGCUUCAAGCUAAUGAAGCCCUCAGAGAAGCUGACAAUUGGACCACGUUAUCGUCGGACGUUGAUCAAAUCUUUCAGACGGGUAACGUCCAAAACAUAACGGAGCUUUUAGUCGGCAUGCAGUCUAGUCUGGAGGUUCUUGCUGAUGUUGCAGAUUACCAAGUCCGUUCACAACUAUUAGAAACGCUCAAAAACCGACUGGAAGCAAUGUUAGGUCCCUACCUUGUGCAGGCGUUUUCUUCACAGUCGGUAGAUGGCGCUAAGACUUGCGUCCGGAUAUUCACCGACAUUCAUCGUCUGCCCCAACUGUUAAAAUACUACCACACCUGCCAAAAGUCAAAGUUGUUGGAAUCUUGGCAGAAAAUUGUCGAGAGUCAAGAUUCCUUCUUGCCCUGGCUGAAUAAUUUCUACGACUUAAUGUUGUCCACUUGGCACGAGCAGACCCGGUGGUGUGCCCAAGUGUUUCCUGAGCCACCGUCAGUCUUUGUUAUGGCUGACAUUAUUGUGGACGUUGUGUCGAGUCUUGACCCAAGCCUGUCGUUCUGUCUAGAUGCUGCUAUCAGGCAGCAGGACAUACCAUCCGCUUACCUUCUCAAUGCCAUGCAGGCGACAAGACGAUUCUGCAAGAGUGUCCAAGUGUCCAUUUCUGGUAUUCAGCCUGCCUACGUCAACAAUCCUCAUGUGGUAACCCUCGUAAAGACCUUGUAUGCUUUCUGUCGACCUCACAUAGAAAACUACGGUGCCCUUGAAGAAAAACACUUACUUUCGCAACUUUCUGCGCUCAACAUGAGCAGCGACUCUAUCGUAGACUCCGUUAAUUUAAUGUCGGACUCUGUAGGGAAGAUAUUUCUGCUCGCCAAAGAGUCUGAGGCACGUUGUACUGCAGUUUCUUGUGGAUGCAGUUAUCCGCAGCUAGUGGCGGUGUUAGACAGUUUUUUUUGUGCCUACUACGAACGAUGCAGCUUAAUCCUAGGACAGCUCAAGUCCAUUUCCAAGUGUGAAAGCUGGACUUUAUUUCAGCAUUCUCUGAAAUGCAUGCAGUCCUGCGGAGAAAUGGUACUCCAGUUGGGAACCUUUGAAUCCACACUCACUUGCAACAUUAAAUCUGUGCUGAAGCAGCUCGAGGAAGGUGUGGAAAACUAUCUCCUCACACCACAGUUGCAGAAGGAGCUGGGAAACUUUGCGAUGCAGCUUCACCUCAAAGACUUUGUUUUACUUGCACAGAGUAAUGCCAGGGUUCGCCAGCUAUGCGUUGACUUUAGUCAAUUUGCAUUUGAUACAGUCUUUGCAGAGAUCCGCUCUCACUUGGCACAAGUUCCUAACAUGAUGGUCUGGACAGAGGACCUUCCGCAGUUCAGCUUAUCGCCUCUUGAGUACAUAACUCAAAUUGGACAGUACUUGCUAACCAUUCCUCAACACAUCGAACCCUUCAUUGUGGAAGAAAAUGAAGCUCUCAAAAUUGCACUUGGACACAGCAAACUUGAAAAGCCCACUGAGGGGGUGGAUCACAUCGCUGACUACUUGCUGGGAUGCGUUGCAAGAGACACCAUGCGCACUUAUAUUGAUGUCAUCAUACAGAUUGAAAGACUCACAUCUCAAGCAUCCAGUCAGCUAGCAACAGAUAUUGGUUAUCUAUGCAAUGUGCUCGACGACCUUGGCUUGACACCCCUUGACAGUCUGCAACACUUAAUGGCAUUGCUAAAAUGUCCGCCACAAGAGCUUGCAAUGCAGGAUGGUCAACUGGCCCAGAUGGUUAAGACAAUGCGUGCGUCCCAUUAAAACUUUUUGGCAAAAUUUCCUCCUCUAGUGUACUCUGAACACAACCCAACGACUGUCGGUUUUUAUUUUCGUAGCUUGGCUGGCACAAUUCUCAUUUAUGGUAAUGAAAGGAAUAAAUAAUAAAUUAUGCUUCUGCAGAGUAGCAAAAGUCAAACUAUU